AUGUCGUUUGAUCAGUUGUCGUCGCUGGAAUCCCAGCCAACUACAACCCGAAGGCAGGAUGACCCGCAAUACUCAGACGAUCCCGAAUUCCAACGCUUAUCGAAGGAGCUCAUGGCGAAGCUUUUCUCUUUGACCGGAAACAUCUCGAGACUGACGAACGAGAUUGCUUUACUGGGGACGAAACGGGAUACGGAGAGGGUACGGGAGAGAGUGCAUGAACUGUUAGAGGAAUCGAAGGAUACAUUCAAGGAUGUUGGAGAAGGCGUCAAGAAGAUACAAUCAUGGGAGGAUGUCAGCCCAUCACAAAAAUACACCCAGCAAAAGCUCGCCCGAGAAUUCCAAAACAACCUCUCGGAAUUCCAAAACGUCCAACGACAAGCCCUCGAGAAGCAACGGACAUCAGCAUCAGCAGCCCGAACAGCACUCGAUGAGCAGCAGUCACCCAGCGCAGAAGGAGGCAACCCAUUCGGCCAACAACAAUCGCAAGAGCAGUUGCGACUAGCUUCGCAGGACGAAGUGGAUUUCCAGGACUCGUUGAUCGUAGAGCGGGAGGCAGAGAUCCGAAAUAUCGAGCAGGGCGUUACCGAGUUAAACGAGCUUUUCCGCGACGUUGCGCAUAUUGUCAAUGAGCAGGGCGAGGUCCUGGAUACUAUCGCGAACAACGUCGAGAACACCAGGACAGAUACCCGAGGUGCAGAUUUAGAGCUGAGGAGCGCCGCGAGAUAUCAGAGGAACGCACGGUCGAAAGCUUGUUGUUUGUUGUUGAUCUUGGCAGUUAUUCUCACAAUCAUCAUACUGGCUGCUGUUGUGGGAUAA